AGUACAUUUUAUCCGAUAGAAAGCCUCGUAAAUGUGUGAGUGGUAAAUUUUGUGUUCGGAUGCCUAAUUUCAAGGUUUAUAAAUGAUUGUGUGUAUUGCAUAGUCAUAUUGAUGGAUGUUAACAUUUUAUACGAUUGACAUAUGAUAUCAUCAUCGACAGAGCCUGGUUAUAAGGGAUAUUUUCAUGUUUAUAAUGUCGUAAUUUCAUUAGUUCUUAACAAUUUCGGCGCCAGAAAUGUGGCGCCGUUGUACGCAUUCAUGUGCUGUACAAAGAUGGAACGCACAGGCAGUGUUCACUGUGCAGAGUACGAUCACUGUAUAUCCAGUUCAAUCAUUUAGUCAUCUUCAUUUUGAAUAGCUUGUAUCCAUAUUCGCGAUACAUUGGAAUUUAUCUAUAAUAAUAAAAUAUUAAUAAUAUCUAAGAUUUAUAUAGCACUGGUAUACAGAUACAGUUUCUUAGCGCUUUACAAAACAAAUGAAAUGACAAUUACGGUUAAACUAAAUUAUGUCAUAAGGAUCAACAAGAAACGUGAAAUGAACAUUGCGCUUAAUUUGUACGAAUUACUUUACUAUCCUUUUUUUAAUAAAUUCCAUAGAGAUUGCGUUUGAUGGUUUCUUAUAUCUAAAAAAAGUUGAAGUUCCUUUUUGGGGUUUUACUUUAAUUUUUGGACACAAGUUAUUUUGGCAUUUAUAUUUCCCUCUCCUUCAUUGUAAUCGAACAACGAUGUAAUUGAUUCAAAGCAGGCCAUAAAAAAUUAAAUGUAGAUAAUAAUUCCCGGGUGGGAGAACGUGCUGGCUUGUGAAUGAUGAGAUUAUCGAGCCAUGCCCUUUAAACUGUAUGUGAACGGCACGCCCAGUCAAGUCUUUUUUUCGUCUUUUUUCUUAUUCAAUUAGCUUGAAGAUUGUUUAAACUUUUGGACUGAUGUAUUUUUGUUUUAGGCUUUAAUAAGAAGAAUAUUUUGUGCAAUUCCCGGCUGGGAGAUGAUGGCCUGUAAAUGAUAAGCCUAUCAGGCCCUGUCCCUUAAACUUUAGGUGAACGGCACGCCCAGUCAAGUUUUUUUAUAUUUCUUUAUUAUCAUUAUCAUCUAUAUGGCUUUGUUCAAUUAGUUGAUUAUUUUUGUUAAUGUAAGGUGUAAUACUUAGUAGAAUUAGGUGUAGGUGAAUUUUGUCUGGGAGAUGUUGACCUGUGAAUUAUGCACCUACCGGUCCCUGCCCCUUAAACUGUAGGUGAACCGCACGCCCAGCCAGGCGUUUUACAUAUUUUUCGUUAUGGCUUACAAAAGUUUCUAGAUCCGAGGAACGACGAGAUUAUUUUAUAUUGUAUUAUUUUGUUCAGCUUUACAAAAUUUAUCAGUAAUGUAUCAUGCCAUGUUGGCGUUUUUCAUAAUUUAAAGAUUUGAGUUCAUGAUUUUAGGUAAUUUCUGAUUAGGAGAUGGUGACCUGUGACUGAUGAGCCUACCGGGCCCUGUCCCUUAAACUGCAGCAAGCCGCAAUAUGAAUGUGAAUGACAACGAGAAGGAUACCAAGGUAGAGAAAGAAACCCCACCAGACGUGUUGAAAUGGGCGAGUGAACGACUACGGGCAAUCCUCGGAGCAAGCAAUACUGACGCACUCGAAGUUAUGUACGAUGAUGUUGCUGAGCGAUAUGAUGAGUUGACUGCCGCAAUGAAGUACAAUGGAGAUGUGUUGACUGUUGACGCCCUCACCCGGUUGGUACCGAAUCGAGAUGUGAGAAUACUAGACGUAGGCUGCGGCACUGGGCUUGUUGGCCAACAGCUCUACGACAAAGGAUACCGUGAUAUACAUGGAGUAGACAUGUCAGCUGGAUUAUUAAAGGUUCUUGAAAAGAAACAGAUUUACUCGAAGCUAGUGAAGGCUAGAUUUGAUCCUAGCACACCUCUCCAAUAUGCCGAUGGUUAUUUUGACGUGAUAAUAAGCUCUGGUGUUUUCAUACCAUCUCAUCUCACCCACACCUGUCUUCCAGAGAUUAUUCGUCUUCUCAAACCUGGAGGACUUAGCCUCAUCACCACGAGGAAAAACGUCUUUGAUGAGGAGAUGGCAGGCAUAAAGCUGAAAUCAUCCUUUGCCAGCCUGACCAAAGAUGGAGUACUCGAGAAGAUAUCACACGAGGAGAUCGAUUAUUUGACUGAUGAGAACGAUGGAGUUACACCAGGCUUGAUAUUAUCGUAUAAGGUCCUACAGCAAUGAGUGAAUGCUCCCCAGGGAGUGGAGAUUGUGCACACAGUGUGUGCGGGCAAGCACUGAAUCCAAUGACCGGGGUAAUAGU